AUGCAACUCAAAGCUCUUCUCGCCGUCGGAUCAGUCCCAGCAAUGGGUGCAGCCCUGGCUCCUCGCGCUGUCAACUGCGACUUCGCAACAACUGCUGAUCCCGGGGCUACAUGCGCUAGCUUUUCCAGCAGCUGGGGACUGUCAGUGAGCGACUUGCAGAAGCUGAACCCUGGCAUCACCUGCCCGAAUCUCGAUACUAGCAAGUCUUACUGCGUGGUUGGUACCGCCACGGAUGAACCAACCCCAUCCACGAGCACAACAACCACCGCCACCCAGCCGACAACCACCGAUUCCGCUCCCAGCAUCUCUCCCACUAUGCCCGGUAUUGCAGCCAACUGUGAUGGUUUCCACAAGGUCUCACCCGUAAGUCUUUCCUUUUCUCCAUGCCUUUUGUGGCCAUGGGGCUGCUUCGAAAGUCAUAAUCUAACAGCUGGUGCAGAAUGCUCAAACCUUUGGCUCGACUACUUUGUCUGCGUGCAUGUUCCCGGCGCAGUCACCACCUCGGCACCCCAGCCAACGGCCCCUACGGGCCCAACACCCCAGAUGCCUGGUAUUGUGAGCAACUGCAAGAAGUACCACCUGAUCAAGGAUGGUGAGAGCUGCUGGUCCAUCUACACGGAUGCGGGUAUCACAUUGGCUCAGCUCAGAACGUGGAACACGCAGGUAGAUGCCUCGUGCAGCAACCUUUGGCUGGGCUACUAUAUCUGUACUGGUGUUUGA